CCAACGCCCUUCGGUCAGCUGCCCACCCACACCCCGGGCUCUCCGAUGGCGCCCGAGGCCGGUGCGCUCCGGCGCCCGCUGUCCUGGGCGACGCUGCUGCUCCUGGCCGCGCUGCUCCCCGUCGCCUCCUCGGCGGGAGUCCCAGUUGAUCACCCACUGAAGCCAAGACAUGUGAAACUGCUGUCCACUAAAAUGGGCCUGAAAGUCACGUGGGACCCACCCAAAGAUGCUGCCAGUAGACCCGUGGAGCAUUACAACAUUGCCUAUGGGAAGUCACUGAAAAGUCUUAGCUACAUCAAGGUGAAUGCGGAGACAUACUCCUUCCUUAUUGAGGAUGUGGAGCCGGGGGUAGUGUACUUUGUGCUGGUUACUGCAGAAAACCACAGUGGAGUGAGCCGUCCAGUUUACAGAGCUGAAAGCCCACCUGGAGGUGAAUGGAUCAAGAUUGAUGGUUUUCCCAUUAAGGGUCGAGGACCAUUUAAUGAAACCGUCACAGAAAGGGAAGUUCCAAACAAACCCUUGCGUGUACGCAUCCGAUCCUCUGAUGACAAGCUCUCCGUCCAGUGGAAAGCACCACGCCUUUCGGGAGCAAAGAGCCCACGCAGAUCACGAGGUUUCCUUUUGGGCUACGGGGAAAGCGGCCGGAAGAUGAAUUAUAUUCCGCUGACAAGAGAUGAGAGAACACACGAAAUUAAAAAGCUAGCCUCUGAGUCGGUGUACGUGGUGUCCCUACAGUCCAUGAAUGCCCAGGGCCAGAGUCAGCCAGUCUACAGGGCCGCUUUGACUAAACGAAAGAUUUCAGAAGAGGAUGAGCUGGAUGUACCUGAAGACAUCAACGUCCGUGUUAUGUCCUCCCAGUCUGUGCUCGUUGCCUGGGUGGAUCCAGUUGUGGAAAAACAGAAGAAGGUUGUUGCAUCAAGACAGUACACUGUGCGCUAUCGAGAAAAAGGGGAGUCAGCGAGAUGGGAUUACAAGCAAAUUUCUAACAGACGCGUGUUGGUUGAGAACCUGAUCCCAGACACCAUGUAUGAAUUUGCGGUCCGUAUUUCACAGGGUGAAAGAGACGGCAAAUGGAGUACGUCAGUCUUCCAGAGAACCCCAGAAUCUGCUCCUACCGUGGCUCCUGAAAACUUGAACGUCUGGCCAGUUGAUGGCAAGCCUACAGCUGUCAUAGCAUCUUGGGAUGCACUUCCUGAAACUGAGGGGAAGGUGAAAGAAUACAUUCUUUCAUACGCCCCGGCUCUCAAACCAUUUGGAGCAAAGUCCCUCACCUACCGCGGAGAGACCACUUCUGCCCUGGUGGAUGGUCUGCAGCCUGGGGAACGCUAUCUUUUCAAAAUCCGGGCCGCAAACCGGCGGGGACAGGGUCCUCAGUCCAAAGCCUUCAUUGUCACUACGCCAACAACUAAUACCGGUGAGUCCAAGGAUCAGCAGAGAGCAGACACAGAGGAUCAUUCCAAACCUGAAAAACCCCAGCCGUUGUCACCCUCUCCCAAAGUUCCUCCUUCUUCAAAACACACAGCCGUGCCUGUUUCUCCCCGAAGUAGAAACGUCAAGAACCCUCUUCCUGACUUGAAGAACAAAAUACUGGCUAACGGUGGGGUGCCAGGAAAGCCGCAGCUUCCCCCUAAAAAGCCUGAGGAUCUGGAUCUCCAGUCGACUGAAAUCACCGACAAGAAGGAGCAGGAUUCCCGCGCAGACCCUCCGACGUCGUCCUCUGAGACCCAAGACCAAAUGCGAGCUCAGCCGCCCCCACCUGCCAGUCGAUCCUUCCACUCCGGCCUUGGUCCCGGGAGGACUCCGGUCAGAGCGCGCGUGCCAGUGUGGCCCCGAAGGGACACCGCGGAUAAACCCGGCCCGCCGCCCUCCCUGGCUCCUGCACAGUCUCCCGCGACGUCCGCCGCCUCCGCCCGGCACAGCGACCCCGCUAACGCCGCUGACAACGAGUCGGUUGACCCCGACGAGGAGGAGGAGCGGGCUGCAGACCCCCUCCGCCCCAAGGAUGCCUCCUCGGAGAAGCAUUCUCGGCCGGGCGCGCCCUCCAGCCCCGCGUCAGCCGCGAGCGCUCUGCGGGAGAGAAGCGCGGUGCGCCGUGGGGGGAAACCGCCUUUGCACGCUUGGAGGACAGCGCCUUCUAGGGACGCCGGGGAUGCUUCUCAUGGCGCUGGGGAAGGUGACAAUGACGCAGAAUAUAAAGGAAGGCAGGCGGAGGCCACUGCCUCUGCGUCUCGGGCCAGGUUGCCCGCCAGUCGGCCUGUCUCUGGACAUUGGAGUUUGCUCAGACACAAGCCCUUUGCUGCCAAUAGAUACCCACACAGGUUUGGUAGUAGUCGGGGACUGCGGUUCCAGCCUUCCAGCUCCCCCCAGUCCACUGUGCCCUCCCAAGUCCUCUCUAGGGUCAAUUCUCAUCCAACUUCUGAUCACAGACUUGACUCAAGUGCCAAUAGAGAUGAUGAAAAAGAGGAAGUGGAAGACGAAAAGCCACUUCCUGCCACUGUCGUCAAUGACUUCAUGCCUUCCUCCUCCAGGCAGCCUGCCUCACGGGGGCUGGACCAUCUAAGAAGGGUCUUCCAGAGAGGGCCCAUUAUUCAACGAAAAGAGCCCCUCUCAGAAAACCCCAAAUCGGCAGCAACUUCAUCAGCUUUAGCAGCUGGGCUUUCUCAGGGCAAAGCCCUGUCCCCGUCCUCCGAGGCACAGGAUGUUCAACAGAGCACAGACAUGGAAGCUCAUUCUCCUGAAACACAGCCAGUGUCCACAGCAGGUCAGCUGUCCCCCGCCCGGCCUCCCUCGGUCAGGUCUCAGCACCAUCCCGGGUCCAGUGUUCCUAGAAGGAUGGUGCCUGGCCAAGGGCAGGGCUCCAGAGCUGCUGCUUCAGAACAGCUUCCUUCCUUACACCACUCUGUGUCCCAGCAGCAGCCCCACAGCCAGCAGCGUGAGGAGCUGGGGCAUGCACUCCCCAAAUCCGAACAGGUGCCUCCUCAGCUGGGACGUUCCAACUCUGUGUUGCAGGAAAGCACCCAAUCCUCAGAUCCUUACAGGUCAAGAGCUGGUCAGUCCUUUGCAGCAAACUCCCGCGGAGGGCUCCUUCCCUCGGCCAAGAACCAGAACCAGGAUUCUGUCAGCAGCCGUGACAACGACCCAGAGGACAGCACAGAGGUGCCCACACACCGUGCCCGGGCUCAGUUCGGCCAGGCGGAGUCUCAGGCAGGAAGCUCUGAUGACAAGCCCCGCAGCAGGCUCGCAUCUGCAGUGCCCGCCCCAGGCGCAGGCUCCCCACGGAGACUCAGCAGGCCCGGCGGCCCCCACCCUUACUCCCACCCCAGGGUCCUGGGCAGGGUCCCACCCCCAUCGCAGGUGGCGGUGAAAAGAAAUGAUGCAUUCCAGGCCACGCGGUCAAAAACAGAACCUCGGUCCAAAAGGCCCCUGACGUCGAAAUCUCAGCAGUCCGUCUCCAACGAGGAGGGCGAAGAGGGGACAGUUUUAAAAGGAGGAAAGAAAGAUGACUCUCUGUCUGCUUCAGUGCCAAAGUGGUCCUCAUCCUCCGCUGGCAGCAAAGACGCUGAUGGAAGCAGAGAGAAGGACAAGCUCAACGCUGUGAUCGCACUGCCCCCUCCCAGAGAGACGUCCCAGCCGGAGGAGAACCCCACUCCUCUGAAGCGGCCUCUUCCUCCACCAUCUGGUUCCCCAAGAGUCCCCCUCAUCCCUCCCAGAUAUCCCUUUAGCAGCACUGCCACCCCAGCUGUCAGCACCCCAGCCCGCCCACGGUAUCCCACCCGCGCCCCUCCUCUCUACUCCUCAACCACCCCCAUGCUUUCCCUGCGCCAGCGCAUGAUGAACUCACGGUUCCGGAACCCUCUCCUACGCCAGCCUGUGAGAACCCCUUAUGGACCAGGUUAUAAUAAUGGCAGACCAAAUAUCGAUGGGAAAGUCCUUCCUAGUAGUAAUGGAAAACUAAAUGGACAAAGAAUUAUCAAUGGCCCUCAAGGAACCAAGUGGGUUGUGGAUCUUGAGCGUGGGUUGGUGUUAAAUGCUGAAGGAAGGUUUCUUCAGGAUUCACAUGGAAAUCCUCUUCGGGUUAAACUAGGAGGAGAUAGACAAACCAUUGUGGAUUUGGCAGGGACCCCGGUGGUGAGCCCUGAUGGCCUCCCCCUCUUUGGGGAGGGGCGGCACGGCAAACCCGUGGCCAGUGCCCAGGAUAAGCCCAUUUUGAGCCUUGGAGGGAAGCCCCUGGUGGGCCUGGAGGUUGUCAAAACAACCACCCGUCUCCCCACCACAACCCCUCUUCCCACAACUACGACCCCUCUGCCCACCACCACCACCCCUCUGCCUACCACCACCACCCGCCGCUCGACAACCACCCGCCGAACAACCACCACCCGCCGUACAACCACCCGCCGAACAAUUCCCACCCGCCGCACGACCACCACGCGCCCAGUGCCCGUGAUCCGGACCACCACGCGGACCACCACCACCACUACCACUCCCGAGCCCACCACCCCGGUGCCCACCUGUCCCCCUGGCACCCUGGAACAGCACGAUGAAGAUGGCAACCUGGUAAUGGGCUCGAAUGGGACCCCGGAGUGCCACGCUGAGGAAGAUGAUUUCUCGGGAUCAGACACCAGCACGGUGAUGCCCACAGAAGAAGCGUACGUUGUAUAUGAUGAAGAUUAUGAAUUUGAGACCUCUCGGGCACCAGCCACCACCAAGGUCUCCACCACUGUGACGACACCAAGUGUCAUUUCACCAGAAGGCUCAAUCAGCUCUUUUCCUGAAGAAGAAUUUGAUCUGGCUGGAAGGAAACGAUUUAUUGCUCCGUAUGUGACGUACCUAAGUAAGGACCCAUCAGCCCCCUGCUCUCUGACUGAUGCUCUGGAUCACUUCCAAGUGGACAGCCUGGAUGAAAUCAUCCCCAACGACCUGAGGAAGACUGACCUGCCUCCCCAGAACACCCCCCGCAACAUUACCGUGGUUGCGAUGGAAGGCUGCCACUCCUUUGUCAUCGUGGACUGGGACAAGGCUGCCCCCGGAGAUGUAGUAACAGGUUACUUGGUUUACAGUGCAUCCUAUGAGGACUUCAUCAGGAACAAGUGGUCUACUCAGGCUUCAUCAGUAACUCAUUUGCCCAUUGAGAAUCUGAAGCCAAACACAAGGUAUUAUUUCAAAGUUCAAGCCCAAAAUCCUCAUGGCUUGGGACCUGUUAGCCCUUCAGUCUCAUUUGUUACAGAAUCAGACAACCCUCUGCUUGUGGUCAGACCACCAGGUGGUGAGCCCAUCUGGAUCCCAUUUACUUUCAAACGUGACCCUGGCUACACAGACUGUCAUGGCCGGCAAUAUGUGAAGCGGACAUGGUACAGAAAGUUUGUGGGAGUCGUUCUUUGUAAUUCACUGAGGUAUAAGAUCUACCUCAGUGACAAUCUGAAAGAUACAUUCUACAGCAUUGGGGACAGCUGGGGAAGAGGUGAAGACCAUUGCCAAUUUGUGGAUUCACACCUGGAUGGAAGAACAGGGCCUCAGUCCUACAUAGAAGCCCUACCUCCCAUGCAAGGCUACUAUCGCCAGUACCGUCAGGAGCCCGUCAGCUUUGGCCAAAUUGGCUUUGGAACCCCCUACUAUUAUGUGGGCUGGUACGAGUGUGGGGUCACCAUUCCAGGGAAGUGGUAACCGUGGGACAAUUGUGCUGAAGAUUCGCCCUGACCUACCCCAUUGACUUACUUGCACUAGGGGCUGUGGAUUGUUGGUCUGGGGAGGAAAAUCAAGACAGCGUCACAAGCCCUACUACCCCAGGUGUCGGGACGAACAGGCAAUGGAUACUGUACAUUUCGGACAUCUUCAGUCUGGAACUCAGUCUCGCUUCUUGGCCUUGACAUUCAAAUGGAAUUCAAUUUUGUUGCUGACUUUGCUUCUCCACAUUUUUAAUUUUUAAUAGCACAUCCCCAGAGACAUCAGACACAAGCAGCUACAGAGGUUGCCCACUGCUUCAGUGUGCCUUUCAAACCUUUUAGGCACAAAAUUCAGAUUUCAGUAUCUCCAGGGAACGGCUUGCUUGCUUCAUGAAAUGCUAAGCACUAUUUUCUCACUGGCUUCCUCCAAAACUAGCAGAAUUUAAGCUUCAGAUCACUUUCUAUGCAGUAGAACUGAAUUAUUAUAAACACCACCAAAGGAAAUAUAUCCUACUUAAGAUUUAUUCUAUGGACUUACCCAACGCUAGACUAAAUGUAACAAAUAUUAUUUGUAAAUUCUCAAUUUUGAUAUAUAUAUAUAUAUAUGUAUAUAUGCAUAUACAUAUACACACUUGUCAGCAAGAACAUUAAUUAAAUUUGCUAAAUUUGUACUUGUUCAUUAGAUAAAUGGGUGUGGGAUAUUUAGAGCAAAGGUGCUGUUUAUUAACCUUCUUUAGGAGUGCCCAGGGAAUGUGUACUCUGCAUAAUGUAACAGCAAUGGGAAGCAAUAUGUUCUUCCUGUGGAUGCUACUGACCUCUGGAAAGUAUUGGGAUGCUGGGAGAGUAGCAGGGAUCUAGCUAUGUGACUCGUCCCUGCAAACAGAGUGUUUUCUGCCCAAGGAGAUGAUCUUCCCAUACCCUUGGGGGAAAUGCACUUGAUGCCUCUCUGGGGGCAUCUCCAGUAGGUUUCCAGAUUAAGAUUUUAGGUCCCAUAAGGUUUAAUAUUCCAGUUUUUAAAAAUUCCUUUUUCCCUUUCCUACCUAUCUUAAUAUUUACUCUUUGAAAUAUAAACAUCUUACUUCUCUGUAAAAGAGGGUUUAUUUAAAGACAUUUUAUUCUAAUUAUUUUAAAAACAUGAUGUACUUUCCAUGUGCUUGGCCCAUCCAAGUCCCUCAGGCAGCUCUGUGGAGUGAAGGCUUUGUCUUUUAUCCUAUAAAGGUUUUGCUGUGUUAAUAAUAGAGUGGUAUAUGGGAACCCAUUAUUUUAUGCAUGAUUUUCCUGCAAACCCACAACUUCUCUAAUAAAAAGGAAAAGGGGGGGGGGCGGAGAGAAAAGCUUUCCUGAAAGAGAAGCAGUGGUGG